ACCCGGGGGUUGCGGGGUCGUGGGCACUCGGCGCGCCGAGGCACGCCGCCUUUGGGCCCGGCCGCUACUGCUGGCUUCAAACGCAGACCCGGAGCUCGAGGACGUUCUAUGCGCCAUGGCUAUGACUAGUGUCAGAUUGCCUGCCAGCGUUUUGAGAAAGCCAGAUGCCUGGAUUGGACUCUGGGGAGCACUACAAGGGACACCUUCGUACAAACUCUGUGCUUCCUGGAAUCGAUACUUAUAUUUUUCUAGUACCAAGUUAAACACAUCAAAUUGUAAAACAUUUUUCCGUAACGUUUUCUCACGGAGACUCCCCAGGCUUUUCAUAUCCCCAGAAUAUAUUUUCCCAUUUUCCAUAAGAGUCAAAAGUAAUAUAGGCUCUAAAAAAUCCACUGAAAAGACUCUGCAGAAAGCCGCAGCUGAAGAGGACUCUGAUGAGGAGAGCCACGGCGAGCUGAGUGAGCGGGAGGAGGAGCUGGAGGACGACCCUGGUGCGGUCAGAGACUAUAAAGACCUGGAGAAAGUAGUGCAGUCUUUUCGGUACGAUGUCAUCCUAAAGACAGGCCUAGAUGUUGGAAGAAACAAAGUGGAAGAUGCGUUCUACAAAGGCGAACUCAGGCUGAAUGGGGAAAAAUUAUGGAAGAAAAGCAGAACGGUGAAAGUGGGAGAUACAUUGGAUCUUCUAAUUGGAGAGGAUAAAGAAGCAGAAACAGAGACAGUGAUGAGGGUUCUCCUGAAAAAAGUGUUGGGAGAGAAAACUGAAAGCGAGAAGUACAGAGUGGUGUUACGCCGGUGGAAAAAGUUAAAGUUGCCUAAAAAGAGGUCUGCUAUCACUAGGAUGUCAGAAAAACAUUAAGGCUGGAUCUACACGAGGCAAGUAUUUCCAAACAGCAGGAACAGCCCCUUGGCCCCCACGUCCACCGCAUGCCGCUCUCCACACAGCCAGGCAGGGUGAGAGGUCGCAGUGACUUCUCACCGGGGGUCUCAGGACCCCAUCCCAAUCAGACAAGAAGCAAACAUUUGGGGGGGGGGGGGAAGGGGUGGAAACUGAGGCCAUCUCUGUAGGAACGCAAGUGGCCAUGCUGCGGUGUGUGGUCAGGCCAGUGACUCUUACCAUUGAAACAGCUAAUCCUUUCACCACUAAGUAGAUCCCAUUGGUUGGUUGAUGAUUGCUGCUGAUGCGGCACCCCCUCCACCCAAACUUAAGAAGAAAGGAAGAUUUGGGGCCAACGCUGAAGGGGGGGGGGGGCACACUUUUGCCCAUGACACUAGACAACUUUAUUCCCUGUCAAACAUUUGUUGUCAUGUAGACACAGCCAAAGUGAACUGAAGCAGGAUUAGAACACUUAGUACAUUCAUGACUACCUUCAUACAUUCUUUUAAAACUUACUAACAGAGAAAACGAGGGACACUACCACCUACUGUGACUGGCUAUUUUACUUACCAUCAGAAUGUGUCUGUGCUAAUUCUUUAGUUCUCCAGAUACGAAGAAAAAAAUAACCCCAAAACAAACAAGUAAAAACCCAUGAAUUUAGAUGGGGAGGGGGACGGGGUUUACCAACACAUUUUAUGGAAAACAUUAAAUUUUGAAAAAAGUUAA